AUGGAUGUUAUUGGGACAAUCGAGCUAAAGGCUUCAAAUGGGCAUAGAUUCAGUUUGGUUGCCACUGAUUACUUCACCAAGUGGGUGGAGGCCGUCAAUUUCAAAGCAGUCACCAAGGAAACAGUGGUAGACUUUGUCUAUUCCAACAUCAUCUGUUGCUUUGGUAUCCCAAAGACCAUUAUCACUGAUAAUGCAGCCAAUCUAAAUAGCCAUCUGAUGAAGGAGGUGUGCGAACAAUUUAAAAUCAUGCAUCGCCAUUCUACCCCUUACCGACCAAAAGCCAAUGGAGUCAUUGAAGCGGUGAACAAGAACAUCAAGAAGAUUCUUAGGAAGAUUAUCCAAGGUUCCCGGCAAUGGCAUGAAAAGUUGCCUUUUGCUCUUUUGGGAUAUCGCACAGCUAUUCGCACAUCUAUUGGUGCAACUCCGUAUAUGCUUUUAUAUGGAACUGAAGCUGUAACACCCGCUGAAGUCGAAAUUCCCUCUCUCUGA